UGUUUCAGUUUGUUCUGCAGACGUACAGCCGCUGAUGGUGAAUAAAGAAGAGGUUCCCCCUGAGCAGCAGCAGUGGAGCCCCCUUGUGGACCAGGAGGACCAAAAGCCUCCCCACAUUAAAGAGGAACAGGAUGAACCGUGGACCAAUCAGGAUGGAGUGCAGCUUCAACAACUUGAGCAGGCUGAUAUCAAGUUCACAUGGACUGCUGUCACUAUAAAGAGUGAAGAAGAUGAAGAGAAACCUGAGUUGUCACAGCUUCAUCAGAGUCAGACUGAGGAGAACAGAGCGGACUGUGGAGAACAAGAACCAGCCAGGAACUCAGGUCCUGAUGGACAUUUACAACAAGUGUGUCCUGCUGACGUACAGCAACUGAUGGUGAAUAAAGAAGAGAUUCCCCCUGAGCAGCAGCAGUGGAGCCCCCUUGUGGACCAGGGGGACCAAAAGCCCCCCCACAUUAAAGCGGAACAGGAGGAACCUUGGACCAAUCAGGAGGGAGAACAACUUCAACAAUUUGAGGAGGCUGAUAUCAAGUUCACAUGGACUGCUGUCACUAUGAAGAGUGAAGAAGAUGAAGAGGAACCUGAGUUGUCACAGCUUCAUCAGAGUCAGACUGAAGGGAACAGAGCCGACUGUGGAGAACAAGAACCAGCCAGGAACUCAGUUCCUGAUGGACAUUUACAACAAGGUACUGAGGCCAAGAAUGAAGACAGUGAAGAUGAUUGGAUGCAGACCAGGGAACCUCAGUCUGGUUUAAAUACAAAAAAUAGCAAACAGUCUCUAAAUGAUAUGAAAUGUAAAACUGGUAAGAAAGAAUUUGGUUGUUCUGAGUGUGGUAAAAGAUUCAAACGAAAGUGGGAUCUAACUGAACAUAUGUGGGACCAUACAGGAGAGAGACCAUUUAGUUGCUCUGAGUGUGAUCAAAGAUUCAAACGAAAGAGCCAUCUAACUCUACAUAUGAGGAUUCAUACAGGUGAGAAACCGUUUAGUUGCGCCGAGUGUGGUAAAAGACUCAGACGAAAUUGCAAUCUAACUGAACAUAUGAGGAUUCAUUCAGGAGCAAAACCGUUUAGUUGCUCUGAGUGUGGUAAAAGAUUCAAACGAAAAGGCGAGCUAACUGUACAUAUGAGGACUCAUACUGGAGAGAAACCGUUUUGUUGCUCCGAGUGUGGUAAAAGAUUCAAACGAAAGUGGGAUCUAACUGAACAUAUGUGGUACCAUACAGGAGAGAGACCAUUUAGUUGCUCUGAGUGUGAUCAAAGAUUCAAACAAAAGGGCGAGCUAACUGUACAUAUGAGGAUUCAUACAGGACAUAAACUGUUUAGUUGCUCCGAGUGUGGUAAAAGAUAUCUUCAAAAGGGCCUACUAACUGUACAUAUGAGGACUCAUACAGGAGAGACACCGUUUAGUUGCUCUGAGUGUGGUAGAAGAUUCAAACGAAAGGGGGAUCUAACUGAACAUAUGUGGGACCAUACAGGAGAGAGACCAUUUAGUUGCUCUGAGUGUGAUCAAAGAUUCAAUCGAAAGGGCCAUCUAACUCUACAUAUGAGGAUUCAUACAGGUGAGAAACCGUUUAGUUGCGCCGAGUGUGGUAAAAGACUCAGACGAAAUUGCGAUCUAACUGAACAUAUGAGGACUCAUUCAGGAGCAAAACCGUUUAGUUGCUCUGAGUGUGAUCAAAGAUUCAAACGAAAGGGCGAGCUAACUGUACAUAUGAGGACUCAUACAGGAGAGAAACCGUUUAGUUGCGCCGAGUGUGGUAAAGGAUUUCUACAAAAGGGCCUACUAACUGUACAUAUGAGGACUCAUACAGGUAGAAAGCAUUUAGUUGCGCCUAGUGUGGUAAAAGAUUUAGACUAAUGGGUAAUCUAACUGCAUAUGAUUUAGCCUGGGUGCCAGACGACCUUAGCCCCGCCCACAACAUUUGAGUUUCGGAAGUUCGGUCUGGCAUUGCUCCGUUGGGGAGAAACUAUGAUCGAACAGAAGCUGUUCUGACCAAUCAAAUUGUCAGGGCGGGCUUUAUACGAUGAUGGACAGAUGAUCUACAGUGGCGUAAUCAAUCACGUCACCAAACAGCGCUGCCUGCCGCUGGAGAGCUGAGAUGUGUCGAUGCUGCCAUUGAGUCUGUUUCAGCAGACAUCGACAGCGCAUUCAUUUUGAAACAGGAACAGAGGAACGCGAUCAAGGCAUUUGUAGAACGAAAAGAUGUUUUUGCCGUCCUUCUACGGGAUUCGGAAAAAGUUUUAUUUAUCAGCUGGCCCCGAUGCUGCGGCCACA